AUGGCUCUCACCCAAAAAAGACUGCGACUACCUCUACGACUACAUCACCUGCCCGGGGCAGUAACCGCAACCAUCCAGGCGGAAGCAGGGAGGGCUCAGAUGUUAAACAAUCACAGAGCCGAGUCAAACCUCAAGCCGCACCCCAUCACUCUCAAGCUCCGAGUGAAUCCAGGAGGCGUACGGCUCCUGAACAACCGGUGGUCAGAUCUCAACACCAAGCAAGUCAACCUGCCAAGCGAGAAGAACCUGCUGGUCCCUAAAGAGCUUAGUGAGAAGGACAUUAGAAAAUAUCUUGAUGAUCUCAAUUCCCGACUUGGGAAUUCCCGAAAAGGGACCAGCGGCGGCCAAGCCAGGCUGAUACUUCUUGGGAAAGCCUCCGUGAAAAUAAUGGGGCUCGAAACCAAGGAAAAUCCCCAAAAAGUCUAUCACAUCGACGUGAUGCUCGAAGGCGGCCAGCGCGGGGAGCAGGUCCGCCAGUGCGUGGAGAGCAUGAGGGUCUUCAGGGAGUUCGACAAGCAGGAGCAAGACACGACCAAGGCCUGCGAGACAUUCUUCGGCACGACUGCACAUCGAGCCGUUGUUCUGAACGACGUCUUCCGGGGGCGCAAGUGCGUGUCCAACAAGAAGCACCUGGAGGUGUACGUCAUGGACACCAAACGUGCGCUUGAGUUUGAGCUCCGCCGCUGGGCAGACCCGGACAGUGAUGAUAGCAUCCAGCACGCCAGCGUGAACAUCGCCGUUGCCCUCCUUGGGGGCUUGAUCAAGCAAGGCCUCAAGCUCCAGGGCCGCAGCAGCUUCCAGGAGAUGAGAUACAUCAAGGACAAUGACGGCAUCCACGACAAAGCCAUAAACGACGUCAAGAAGCGCUUCGACGCCGUUUUCCCAAAUGAGGCAGCGGGCAUCUACAAGGACAAUGAGGACGAUUAA